AUGACGAGGCCGCGCAAAUCAUCAGGCGCCAGCGAAGAGAGUGGCGGCACGGCGCCCGAGCAGGAGCUCGGGAGCAUGUACGAUUACCUUGCCAAGAUCAUAUUACUCGGCCCCAGCGGCACCGGCAAAUCAUGUCUACUGCACCGCUUCGUCAAGAAUGAAUGGCGCGUCCUGUCCUCGCAGACCAUCGGGGUUGAGUUUGCGAGCAAAAUCAUCAGAGUCGGCACGGGCGCGCGGCGGAAACGAAUCAAGCUACAGCUCUGGGAUACGGCUGGCACGGAGCGAUUCAGAUCUGUGUCAAGAUCGUACUAUCGCGGUGCGGCUGGCGCCAUUCUCGUCUACGACCUCACCUCGCACACCUCCUUUCGAUCGCUACAGCCAUUUCUGAACGACGCACGAGCGCUUGCGUCGCCGAACUUGAGCUUGAUGCUGGUCGGGAACAAGCUGGACCUAGCAGAGGACUCCCCCGACACCAACCUGCCGCCUUCCACGCCCGGCAGUCUAGGUUCGACAUCAGGCGGCACAGCUGGGUCCUUUCCGUUCUCAACAACGCCGGGUGCAUCGGGGUCACCGCACAGGGAUUACAGCGGGUCCAUCUCAGCAGGGACGCAACAACGAGCGACGGUCGCACCCGAGGGACGCGAAGUCUCGAGCGCCGAGGCGAGUCGCUGGGCAAGCACGGCAGGGAUAUCAGUGGUGACCGAGGCAAGCGCGCUCAAUGGCGAAGGCGUGGAUGAGAUCUUUGGCCGACUGGCUCGGAUCAUCCUCACUAAGAUCGAGCUCGGCGAGAUUGACCCCGACGACCCCAUGAGCGGCAUCCAGUACGGCGACAGCGGCGGGUGGAACACGGCCAGCGACGGCGGCAGCAUCAAAAGCACAAUGACCGGCGGCACUGUCGACGAUGGAGGCAUCCCUGGUCUGCGCAGACGCAAGAGAGCCAAGAGCAAAACGCAGAAUUGGGGGUUGAGAGAGUGGGAAGAGGUCUUCACGUUGAGCAGUAAUCGUCGACGAGGAGGUGGGUGCUGCUGA